CAACGCACAGAAUUGUGGGAAUUUAUGUAAAAUUAAGAUGGCAGCUGCCUGUGCGAGAACUCUCGGUAAGGUCGGCUGGCACAUUUUGGAGUCUCCACCAUGUCGUGCUGAGAAUAUUGCCUCCCUGAUUCCAAGGGUCCCGCUACAUGGGUCGAGCAGGGCAUACAGAACGGGUGGUGCAGGAUUCCGUUCCAAACUGCUCUUCAGCACACCUCUGCGCGGUGGCAGGGUCCUGGGGUGUGCGUUCCUGUUUGGAGGGGGGCUUGGCUUGUAUCAAACAAUAAAGCUCUCCGUCCAACAUCACCUUGCUGAAGAAGAUGUCAAGGCUUCUGUUGGUGGCCUGAAGUUGACCCUGUAUCAGUACAAGACCUGCCCGUUCUGCAGUAAAGUGCGAGCUUUCCUAGACUACCAUGGGCUUCCAUAUGAGAUUGUGGAGGUCAACCCCGUCAUGAGGAAGGAAAUCAAGUGGUCAACUUACAGAAAAGUGCCAAUCGUGAUGGUGAAUGGUGAUGUGCAACUGAAUGACUCCUCAGUAAUAAUCAGCGCGUUGAAGACACAGUUGAUGAGCAAUGGUCUGAUCUCCCCCUGCAGGGAUAAAACCAUCGCAGAGAUUCUACGCUGUUACCCAGAGAUGAAGGCCGUCAAUGAGAAGGGGAAAGAGGUGACUGAGUUCAACAACAAGUACUGGGUGAUGGUGAAUGAAGCUGAAGGUCAGACGAUGUACCCCGAGAAAGAUUCCAGAAAGGAGGAGAUCAAAUGGCGUAAGUGGGCAGAUGAUUGGCUGGUUCAUCUGAUCUCGCCCAAUGUUUACCGGACCACUGGAGAGGCCCUGGCCUCCUUUGACUAUAUCGUCCGUGAGGGCAAGUUUGGCACUUAUGAGGGCUUCUUUGCAAAGUAUGUUGGAGCAGCUGCCAUGUUUGUCAUCUCAAAAAGACUGAAAAGUAGACACAACCUGCAGGAUGACGUGAGACAGGAUCUGUACAAGGCAGUCAAUGAGUGGGUGGUGGCCAUUGGCAAGAAGAGGAAGUUCAUGGGUGGAGACCAGCCCAAUCUGGCUGACCUGGCAGUGUAUGGGAUCCUGAGCGUGAUGGAGGGUCUUGAGGCCUGGGAUGACAUGAUGGAGAACACCAAGGUCAAGAGCUGGUACAAACGAAUGGAGAAAGCCACGAGGGCCAAAACUGACCCUGCUCUAAACAUUGACCAGCACUAGGAGAUCUGAUUCAAUAGUACUUCCAGCCCUCACUAAAUCAGGAGAUGUCAUGAGAUGUGAAAAGUGAUUUGCAUUAAGGAAAGCUGGUAUGAUGGGAGAAAUUGACUUCUCUAGCUAAUUUGGCAAAAGGCCAACCUCUUGAUUUAUUUCCUGUGAAAAUGCACCCAAAUGAUCUGCGUUGAUUUGCUUGAAUAAACUGGCAGCAGCAAGCCUUUUAGUUGUA